AUGUCCAGUGACGCUGAGGCUCGAUGGCGCGAGCAGUUCGCUGCCAUGAAAUCCGCCUUGGCCGACCUCAGAUUGCCUACCACCGAUUUGAACGGAACAUCAAGAGAGGACACAGACUUUGACUUUGACGAUGACUUCACCUCCGGAAACAGUGGCGACGAUGUGUGGGAUUUCAUCUCGGACAGUGAAGGCGAUCUCUACAGCAGCGACUUUGUAGAGGAUGCCGAUGGCCAGCUGGGUGAAGGAAGCCACAGGUCGACAUGGUUUGCGAACCAGUGCGCAGCGGUUGCAUCCAAGAAGGACGGCCUGUCUCCCGAUGCGUUCCAAGCUCAGAUCUUGGAGCUUCUGACCUCGAAGAGGGCUGAGUACGAGGUGCAAUCCAUGCUCACCGAUCUUGUUGGGUUCGAUGACCUCGACUUCGUGACAGAGGUUCUGUCUCAUAAAGACGAGAUCGUAUCCAGCUUCGUUUCUCAGAACGACAGCAGGCCAGCAGGAAACCGCUUGCUAUCCAAAGCCGAAAGAGAGGAGGCUCUGCGGCAGAAGGACUGGGAGCAUAAGAAUGCAGCGCUUGCACCAACCAUGCACAAAGAAGUCCAGUAUCCCCAUGUUUAUAGGUCUCACACUGCGGGUAAUACUCUCAGCCAUUCUGGUCAGAGGUAUGCCCUACCUACCGGGAGUGAGAGGAAAACAUUCGACAACUACGAGGAGAUGUUUGUCCCGGCAGGUAAACCGGGGACUGUCGGCCCUGGCAGGAGGCUGCUUCCUAUUUCUGAGAUGGAUGGUCUCUGUCGAAAGACGUUCAAAGGAUACAAAACCCUCAACCGGAUGCAGAGCCUGGUGUACCCAGUCGCCUACAAGACUAGCGAGAACAUGCUCAUCUGCGCUCCGACCGGUGCGGGUAAAACCGACGCAGCCAUGUUGACGAUCCUGCAGACGAUCGGGCAUUACUGCACGCCUAAUCCUAUCGAGAACAAUGACGCCAGCGACUUCGGUGUAGAUGCCGACGAGUUCAAGAUUGUAUAUGUCGCCCCAAUGAAGGCAUUGGCAGCCGAGAUCACCGAGAAGCUCGGGAAACGCCUCGCCUGGCUAGGCAUUCGUGCUCGAGAAUACACUGGAGACAUGCACCUCACCAAGGCCGAGAUCGUGCAAACCCAGAUCAUUGUGACGACCCCUGAGAAGUGGGAUGUUAUUACGAGAAAGGGUACAGGCGACACCGAACUGGUCCAGAAAGUGCGGCUGUUGAUCAUCGAUGAGGUCCACAUGCUUCAUGACGAGCGCGGUGCUGUCCUUGAGUCUCUAGUAGCUCGGACAGAGAGGCAGGUCGAAAGUACACAGUCGUUGAUCCGCAUCGUUGGCCUCAGUGCCACGCUUCCCAACUUCAUUGACGUGUCCGACUUCCUCAAAGUCAACCGUAACCAGGGUCUCUUCUACUUCGAUGCCUCUUUCAGGCCGGUUCCCUUGGAACAGCACUUCAUAGGUGUGAAAGGCAAAGCCGGAUCCAAGCAGUCGAGGGAUAACCUGGACCAGGUUGCAUUCGAGAAGGUCAAGGAGAUGCUGGAACAGGACCACCAAGUAAUGGUCUUUGUUCAUUCUCGUCGUGAUACUCUGUUGUCCGCGAAGAUGUUAUACCAGAAAGCUACAGAAAACUUCUGUAUAGAUCUAUUCGAUCCCCAGGGCCAUCCAGGUUACGAGCAGGCUAUCAGAGAUAUGAAGUCUUGUAAGGCCAGAGAGCUCCGAGAUCUUGUACCCAAAGGCUUGGGCAUUCAUCAUGCUGGAAUGACUCGAUCAGACAGAAACCUGAUGGAGAGGCUCUUUGCUGAGGGUGUCAUCAAAGUUCUGUGCUGUACUGCUACGCUCGCGUGGGGUGUGAAUUUGCCUGCCGCAGCGGUCGUUAUCAAGGGCACCCAAGUAUACAGCGCCCAGGACGGAAAGUUCAUCGACCUCGGCAUUCUCGACGUGCUCCAGAUCUUUGGACGUGCAGGUCGCCCUCAGUUCGAAGACGUGGGCAUCGGCAUGAUUUGUACCACUAUCGACAAGUUGCCACAUUACCUGACUGCAGUUACGGAACAACAGCCCAUCGAGUCAAAAUUUUCUUCCAAACUGGUUGACAACAUGAACGCGGAAAUUGCCUUGGGGACUGUCACCUCCGUAGCCGAGGCUGUACAGUGGAUUGGCUACUCGUAUCUAUUCGUUCGAAUGCAGCGAAGCCCUAUGACUUACGGCAUUGAGUGGGCAGAAAUUCGGGAUGACCCAAAUCUGGUUCAGCGGCGACGACAGCUAGUAAUACAAGCUGCCCGAACACUCCAGAAAAGCCAGAUGAUCAUCUUUAAUGAGAUUACUGAGGAACUCCGGAGCAAGGAUGUUGGUCGCAUCGCCAGCCAGUAUUAUAUCCAGCAGUCCACCAUUGAGAUCUUCAACUCAAUGAUGAAGCCGCAUGCUUCUGAGGCAGACAUCUUGUCCAUGAUUAGUAUGAGCGGAGAGUUCGACAACAUCCAGUCAAGGGACAGUGAAGCUGAUGAGCUCACAUACUUGAGGAAAGAGAUCAUACCCUGCGAAGUCUCGGGUGGAAUUGAUACACCUCAGGCAAAGACCAACAUCCUACUACAGUCAUAUAUCUCCCGAGCACAGCCGGAAGACUUCGCCCUUGGAAAUGAUCUCAACUACGUAGCUCAGCAGUCAGGACGUAUCUGUCGGGCCUUAUUUAUGAUUGCGCUCAAUCGCCGCUGGGGACAUCAAUGCCUUGUCCUACUGACGCUGGCCAAGUCGAUUGAGAAGCGGCUUUGGCCCUACCAACAUCCUCUACACCAAUUUGAGUUGCCGAAGCCCGUACUGAACCAGCUUGAUGCUAAGGAAUCUCUUACUAUUGAGGCUAUGCGUGAUAUGCAGUCCGCUGAGAUCGGCGGCCUGGUACAUAAUAACAAUGCGGGCAAAAAGAUUGCUGGGAUUCUGAAUACCUUCCCAACGGUUUCUGUGGAAGCAGAAAUUGCCCCCUUGAACAGAGACGUCUUGCGGAUCAAGCUCUACAUCACACCGGAGUUCAAAUGGAACGAUCACACUCACGGCACCACAGAAUCUUUCUACAUUUGGGUAGAGAACUCCGAGACAUCCGAGAUCUACCAUCAUGAGUAUUUCAUACUUAGCCGGAGAAAGCUGUAUGAUGACCAUGAAUUGAACUUCACAAUUCCACUGUCAGAUCCGCUCCCGACCCAGAUAUACCUCAGAGCAGUUUCGGAUAAGUGGCUUGGGGCUGAGACUGUCACGCCAGUAUCGUUUCAACAUUUGAUCCGCCCAGAUACGGAGAGCGUAUACACAGACCUUCUCAACCUUCAGCCACUUUCUAUCAGUGCGCUGAAGAACGACGCUUUGGAAGACCUUUAUGCCCAACGUUUCCAGUACUUCAACCCCAUGCAAACGCAGAUUUUCCACACGCUCUAUAAUACCUCUGCCAAUGUUCUGUUAGGAUCGCCCACUGGUAGUGGAAAGACGGUUGCCGCUGAAUUGGCCAUGUGGUGGGCAUUCCGCGAGAAACCUGGAUCGAAAGUCGUCUACAUCGCUCCCAUGAAGGCUCUAGUUCGCGAGAGAGUCAAGGAUUGGGGCACCCGUCUCGCACGGCCAUUGGGUUUGAAACUUGUCGAGUUGACUGGUGACAAUACUCCUGAUACUAGAACUAUCAAAGACGCAGACAUCAUCGUCACUACGCCUGAAAAGUGGGAUGGUAUCUCGCGUAGUUGGCAAACCAGAGGGUAUGUCCGCCAAGUUUCAUUGGUGAUUAUCGAUGAGAUCCAUCUGCUGGCGGGUGAUCGUGGCCCAAUUUUGGAGAUCAUCGUAUCUCGAAUGAACUACAUUGCCGAGUCAACGAAGAACUCAGUCCGCUUGCUCGGCAUGUCCACGGCUUGUGCAAACGCCACAGACCUUGGCAACUGGUUAGGAGUCAAAGAAGGCCUUUUCAACUUCAGGCAUUCGGUUCGCCCUGUGCCUUUGGAGCUUUACAUCGAUGGGUUCCCAGAAGUCAGAGGCUUCUGCCCGCUCAUGCAGUCUAUGAACCGACCUACAUUUCUGGCUGUCAAAACCCAUAGUCCAGACAAGCCUGUCAUCGUAUUCGUACCUUCUCGUCGUCAAACGCGUCUGACAGCCAAGGAUUUGAUCAAUAUGUGCGGUAUGGAGGAUAAUCCUCGUCGGUUCUUGCACAUGGACGAGGAAGACCUCCAGCUUAAUCUUGCUAGAGUCAAGGAUGAGGCGCUCAAGGAGGCCAUCAGCUUUGGCAUUGGGCUUCACCAUGCCGGUCUUGUUGAGACUGAUCGACAACUGGCGGAGGAGCUGUUCUUGAACAACAAGAUUCAGAUUCUCAUCGCUACUAGUACUCUUGCCUGGGGCGUCAACUUGCCGGCUCAUCUUGUAGUUGUUAAAGGCACUCAAUUCUACGACGCCAAGAUCGAGGGCUACAAGGACAUGGACUUGACCGACGUUCUGCAGAUGCUCGGUCGUGCCGGCCGUCCUCAGUUCGACAACUCAGGUGUUGCGAGAAUCUUCACUCAAGAUGCAAAGAAGGACUUCUACAAGCAUUUCCUUCACACAGGUUUCCCUGUGGAAUCUUCUUUGCACAGUGUUCUCGACAACCAUCUGUGCGCCGAAGUCUCAGCAGAGACUAUCCUCACGAAGCAGGAUGCCCUUGAUUACCUCACUUGGACGUUCUUCUUCCGCCGCCUGCACAAAAAUCCGUCUUACUACGGGCUGGAGAUUUCAGCCGAGGAGCACAAUAGCAUAGCUGCUCAGCAGCUUGCCAACGACUUCAUGAUAGAGAUGGUCAACAAGUCGCUGGAGGAACUUGCCAACUCGCAAUGUGUUGAAGUAUUCCCCAACGGCGACGUAGACCCCACACCUCUCGGCAAGAUCAUGAGUUACUACUACUUGUCGCACAAGACCAUCCGUUACCUGGCCAAGCAUGCCAAGCCCAAGGCAUCUUUCUCUGACGUGCUCUUGUGGAUGUCUAGUGCUACUGAGUAUGACGAGCUCCCAGUCCGCCACAAUGAGGACCUGAUCAAUGCAGAGCUGUCGCGCAAUCUGCCAUUCGACGGAAGCAGCUUUGGUUUACCGAUGUGGGAUCCCCAUGUUAAGGCUUUCCUGCUUCUUCAAGCACAUAUGUCAAGAAUUGACCUCCCGAUCACGGAUUACGUCGGUGAUCAAACGAGUGUGCUCGAUCAGGCGAUCCGUAUUAUCCAGGCGUCGAUUGAUGUUCUCACUGAGCUCGGAUACCUGUCCAGCUGUCUUGAGAUGAUGAAGCUCCUUCAAUGCGUCAAGUCAGCACGGUGGCCGGAAGAUGCGCCUCUAUCAAUUCUGCCUGGUCUCGUCCCUGAAAAGGUCAAAGACAGCACAUUGCUUCAGAAACUGAGCACUAUGACCCGGCCGCAAGUCGAACAGCUAGCUAAGAAGCUUCAUGUUCCUCAAUCGCAGCAGAACAAGUUCGGACGCGCCGCGUCCAUCAUCCCCAACGUAAGCGUCAAGACAGAGGAUGUCACGGCUCUGUCUCUGACUGUUUCAUUGAAGCGUCUCAAUGCCAUUGUCGAAAGAGAAGGCCGCAUCUACGCGCCAAAGUAUCCAAAGCCCCAGAGCGAGGGCUGGUUCGUUGUCGUAUGCGAUGUUGCUAGAGAUGAAAUCAUCGCCGUCAAGCGCGUGGGUUGGAGCCAGGGCCCUGGCAAAUCGGUUGGCGUGGGUACCAAGCCAACGGCAAAGGCGAAGCUCAAGCUGCCGGAGCCAGACCGCAGCGGGAAGGCGAGGAAAGUGGAUGUGUUGGUCGUGAGCGACGCGUAUGUCGGUCUCGAGUACAGGGUCAUGGGCGUCGAUAUCCCGGCGCUGCCAAUGGUGGAUGACGAUGUAGAUAAAUCCAAGACAGCUGCAGCUGGUGGUGCGGGUGGUGCCAGUGCCUCAUAG